AGCUUGACAUUUCUUUCAAUAUUUCGUCUUAUCAGCUGUUGCAAUCAGUGCACGUUUUCUGGUUUUAUUGCUAAGUUCCUUUAAUAUUGCAUUUGCCUGCAUUUGUUGUAUAAUUUUGUAAAAUUUCUAAAAUUGAAUCGCUAAAAUGAUUGAACAACAGCGCCAACGCAUCGAACGUGCGGUUACAGAGAUGGUGGAUGAUAUGGACAAAACGCAUUUACGUAAAAUGCAGACAGAUAUGCAUUUAUGCGCGGCUAAAUGUUGUCAGGAUAUGAAUUCGAGCAUAGACAGUGUCCAGAGAUGUGUAGACCGAUGCUCGGCUCCUUUGACGCGCGCUCAAAACUACGUACAACACGAGUUGGGUGAAUUUCAGGGACGUCUGCAGCGUUGCGUUAUGCAAUGCAAUGACGAUGUCAAAGUGAAGAUGCCGGCUAAUCCCUCGGAAUCAGAUAUCGCUAAAUACACCGACCAAUUUGAACGUUGCGCCGUACAAUGUGUUGAUAAACACGUUGGUCUCAUACCUACCAUGAUGAAAACUAUAAAGUCAGUGCUGGCGAAGGGUACAGAGUCCAUACCACAAGUUUAACUGCUUGAAACUGCUUAUUUUUUUUUUUUUUAAAUGCAAUGUAUACAUAAAGGUGAAAACGAUUUCAGACGACUCCCAAGGAAUAUGGAACACCAGAAUAUAUGUGUUGAAAUAUUCGGUUACUGCAAUUUUUGUGCAUUUUUGCAUUAGGAACAACUGUUUUAUUUGUUAAAAAUAAAUAAAUUCAUUUAGAUUUUAUGUCAAACUAA